CAUUACUCCACUUCGCAGAACACGAGUUGAUGAGAAAAAAAAUACUCGGCCGCGGCCAGCCAUGAGCUGUUUGGAUGUUAUGUACCAAGUCUACGGUCCUCCCCAGCCGUACUUCGCAGCAGCCUACAGCCCCUACCACCAGAAACUAGCCUUUUACUCCAAAAUGCAGGAAGCCCCGGAGAGCGGCAGCAGCGCCGGCAGCUCCUUCUCCAGCCACCCCGCGGCCAGCAUCAAGGAGGAGGACUGCAGCCCCGAGAAGGAGCGACCCCCCGAGGCUGAGUACAUCAGCUCCCGCUGUGUCCUCUUCACCUAUUUCCAGGGGGACAUCAGCGCCGUGGUGGAUGAGCACUUCAGCCGGGCGCUCAGCCAGCCCAGCAGCUUCUCCCUCGGCAGCGCGAAGGCGGCGCGGAACGCGGGCUCCUGGCGGGAUGGUUCCUUCCCAAUGAGCCAGCGCAUCUUCCCGCCGUCCUUCUGGAACAGCACGUACCAGCCCUCCUCGGUCCCAGCCAGCUUGAGCAGCCCCCUGGCAGCUGCUGCCCACAGUGAGCUGCCUUUUGCUGCCGCCACCGAUCCCUAUGCGCCCGGCUCUCUGCACGGCCACCUGCACCAGGGCGGCCCUGAGCCCUGGCACCACACCCAUCACCACCACCACCACCACCACCCCUACAUUGGGACACAGAGCACUGCCUACCCCCGCCCCGCCGCCAUGCACGAGGUCUAUGGGCCCCACUUCGACCCCCGCUACGGCUCACUCCUGGUGCCCACUGCCUCCGUCCGCCCGCACCGCCUCACCCCCGCCUCCGUAUCCACACCGGUCAGCCCCCCCUGUGAACUGGGCAAGAGCGAAGCAGGGGCUGCUGCAGCCUGGACGACACCGGGCCCCUUUCCCAAUGCAACAGGAGACAUGGCACAGAGCAUCGGCCUCAAUGUGGACACAGGUUUGCAACCUCAGGAUAAAAGCAAGGAUCUGUACUGGUUUUAGAGCUGUCCUUCACUCUUCUUCCCCUGGCUCUUCCCUGUAGCUCUCUACCCGUUAGACAUGGUGGCAUUCAGAGCUGAAAUCGGGUCAGUUUGUAACAGCUUCUGAUCUUGGUUUGCAGCUCGCCGUUACUCCUUCUGUGGUGGAUCCCUUCUGAGCUGAUGUGCUGACUCAAAGACUCUCAGAUCCCCCCCUGCCCUUUUCCAAGCCUACCGUGGCCCUGCCGCUCGGGGAAAGACAAGAGGAUUUAAAAGGACCUGGCAUUGCAAGGCUGACACUUUAGACUUGUUUCGGAAAGGAAAAUCGUUCUGUUGCAAGAGGAGAGCCAAAGACAUUGAACCUCUAUUUAAGCAGACCCCACACCCAGACCUGCAGCCAGAUUACUCUGAAAGAGUCAAAUGAGAUCAUGGAUGGCAGUGUAAAACCACUGGCCUUCUUACAGGCAACAGAGGAAGUUGUGGGGGUUUUUUUAGUGGUGUGAAUAUUUUUUUAUGUCAGUGAAAGCUAUUUCUUGAAUGCAACCAAGGGAAAGCUACUCAGCAGUUUUGAACUGGAUUUUUAUUUUGCUUUAUAGAAAAGGAAACGAAGAAGAAACUGGAACUUACAGACGUUUUUGGACUAUCACGAACUGGUUUUCAGCUUUGUGGUUGUGAGUGGCAAGUGUCUGACUGGGGCCACCUGCCCUGGACUCACAGAUGUGCAGCUGUUCCCCUCACAACUGCUUAAAUCCCAGAAAGACGAAAACCAAGGUGGCAUUUCUCAGAGUUUGGCACAUUUGCAUUGGCUGUGUAACAGUUGUUUGGUUGGGGGUGGGGUGGGUUUUUUGGUUUUG